GAUUAUUAAUCGUCUUUGCGUAUCAUAACAUAUACUCCGGUUAAACGUAGUAACAUUGAUCUUCCGCUAAGCUUGCCGGCAAACAUGUCUUACUCCAAAAGAUCAAGGUAUUCUAGCUCUCCUUAUUACAAGUAUCAUAGCAGAUCUGUCUCAAGAUCACUGUCCAGAUCCCCAUCUUUCUCAAGGAGCCAAUCAAGGAGUCGUUACUUGGACGAUGAUGCUGAAAAUCCUGGCAAUAACUUAUAUGUAACUGGGCUUUCACGCCGAGUGAGAGAGGAGGAUCUUGAGAUUCACUUUUCCUCUGAGGGAAAGGUAGAAGAUAUUCAUCUUGUUGUUGAUCCAUGGACCCGAGAGUCACGGGGUUUUGCUUUUGUGACUAUGUCAUCACUUAAAGAUGCUGAAAGAUGCAUCAAGUAUUUGAACCGUUCCGUGCUUCAAGGACGUGUUAUUACCGUUGAAAAGUUUCUGUGCCAGCAGAUGUAGCAGCUCCACACCAAAGUCAAAUUAACAAAUCAAAUCAAACCCAUCAAGCAAAACAGACCAUAUGUAGUCAAGAGGGUUGUAUGCCCUGCAUUUCUCUCUUUUGCUUGCAAUCUUGCCUUGCGACAUAUUCUAAUCAUUUCAUAGCUUAUCUGCUAGUUGGAGGUUUCAUUUUUUUAAUCUCUUAAUCUUUACUGCUGCAGGCUAGGAGGAGAAGAGGCCGCACACCCACUCCAGGGAAGUAUCUUGGCUUGAGAACAGCACGAGAUCGACGGGGUUCGCGAGAUUACUCUAGAAGUCGCUCCCUUUCAUCUGAGAGAUACAGGAACAGGAGUAGAUCUAAUUCACCAUAUUAUAGGCGUAGACGUAGAUCAUACUCACCAUAUUAUAGAGACCGCUCUUACUCUCCAUAUUCUCCUGUGUAUGACCGUGGAAUAUCCUACUCAAGAUCUGUGUCACGCUCGCCACGCAGCCGUUCUCCUUGCUCCCCUGUCUAUAGGUACCAUUCACCCAAUGACAGGGAUUACUACUACUACAACAGGAGGAGUGCGUACCGGUGUUCCCCUGAUGAAAGAAGAGAUUAUUAUUAUAGCCGUCGAAGUCAGCGAUAUCGUUCAAUUUCUCGGAGCAUCUCACCCAGACGCCGGAGGUACAUGAGAAGUUACACACCCAGCAGUGUAUCUCCUCCUCGUGGCCAUCGAAGGAGCUACUCAAGAAGUGUUUCGCCGAUUCCUAGGAAGAGCUACAAAUGGACUGAUUCUUCUUAUUCUUAUAGGCGUGGGCGGCGUUCUUCUCACAAGAGUUGCUCCUCGAGAAGCCAUUCAUUGAGUGCUACUAGUGCGUCAUCAAGAUCCCAUUCAAGAUCGUUUACGCCUGAGUCUACCUCUCCAUCACAUUAAUGAGUACUAUCCAUAGUUGAUGUCUUUGGUGACUUGUUCUUUCUUACUAUUAGUCACUGUUUUCUUGUUGAUUUAGUCUUAGUUUCAUAAAGACUCGCUGGUUGUCUGCCUUGAUCGAUGUUAUCUUCUGAGCUAGGUGUCUUUUGCUCUUUUCUCUUAGUCUGAGGAAGACUGUGACACUAUAGACCUUAAGCUAAUAAUGCUUUCUGAGAUUUUAAUGACCUCUUUAUCAAAGACUAGUGUUGGCCUGUUGGGUUCGACCUUGGUCCAGGUUUUGUCUGGAACUAAGGGCAGACCUAGGCUGGCUCAGAACAGGCACAUAGGUACCUAUCCCUUUAAAAGUUGAACAAGAACUGGUCAUAUUGUCCCGCUUCCUGGUUGUGUGUGGAUUUACAAUACCUGACCCAGUUCAAUUCAAUUCCACUGAAUCUGCCCAUUUUUGUGAAUUAGAACCGGCCAGCAGUUGUCUGCUCUUGGGUAAUUACAACCAGAUUGAGUUCUGAUAAUCAGAACUGGAUAUAGUUAUGGCAUAUGGGUACCCACAAUUACAUUGAUUUCGGACAUUCAGAAUCAGAACAAGAUCGAGUUCUGAUACUCAGAACUGCUUGUCCAAUUAUGGUCUAGAACUAGGAUCACCCACAGUACUCUGUAUUAUUUAUAGCUUCCCGUGUUUGCAAAUAUAUAGGUGCAAAACUUUGUUUCAAAGAGUAGUCAAUCUGAAUCAAAAUCGUGUACUAAUAUCAGUAAUACGGA